GUGUUGUGAUGAAACAUAAUGGUGUCAUAUAUUAAUUGCUGUCUUGUCAUACUCAGGACUCAGUUUUUAUCAAAAUACAAUACCGAGAUCUUUAAUUAGAAAAAGAAAGUGCAGCAGUUUUCUAAUGUAUUUCUAGAUUCUUUUGCCUGACUAAACACAGCUGGUUGUCAUCAAUUUGGUAUGUCACUUUGCUCUGAGAUCCUGAGCAGGUUACUGACAGUGUGGAGUUCUCCUUGUGUUUGUAUGAAUUUCCUACAGGUUCUCUAUUUUCCUUCCAAAACAGAGCUGGCAGAUGGAUUGGCUAUGCUAUAGUGGUUGUAGGUGUGAAUGAGUGUGUGAAUGUGCAUGAAUGGUGCCUGGCAAUGGACUGAUGUCCUAUAUGGGGUGUGCUCCCACUUUGUAUCCAGUGUUCCCAGGGUAGGCUCUGGAUCCACCGUGACCCAGAUCCAGAAAAAUCGCUUACUGAAGAUGAAUGAAUGAAUAUAACACAAAACAAAUUGUUUUAUAAUAAAAUUAUUUUAUUGCAUUUCAUUAUAUUUAAAUAAUGCCAAUAGUUGGCUUGCAUUCACUAACAUGUAUUUUUGGUCCCCUUAUUAAGUUCUGAGAAGAGAUGAGAGGAACAAUGGGUGUCUGUCUGAAUGAAACAUCUGGAACAGAGGGGAUGGACCAGUCUACUGUGAUAGAGAGAGAGAGAGAGAGAGAGAGAGAGAGAGAGAGAGAGAGAGAGAGAGCGAGCGAGCGAGCGAGCGAGCGGGCAUCCUACUGAUACUGGAUAGAAACUGUAUGACAGUAUAAGCGGCUCAACAGAUCAACAAGCAAAUAAAAAAAAGUAUGAACCCUUUUAAUUUAAGAUUUUAAAAGAAGAGAGACAGAAGACAAAAGGCAUAACAGGUUUGAUACAAUUUUCUGAUUAGUUUUCAUUCUAUUUCUCUUUGCUAAAUCGGUACUUAGUGUAACAUCAAAAGUAGCUGUCAUCAAUGCGUUUUAAUUGCACUUUGCAUAAAAAGCUAGCUACACGUUGGACUUAAAAUAUAUUUUAAUGUAGAUAAUUAUAAUUUAAUUACUUUAUAAUUCACAUCUAAGGUAAAUUGCUUGUGUUGGAACCUGCAAAACAGUAUACUGUAUGGACUUUAGGUACCACUAGACUGAAUGUGGAUAUUGUUGAUUUGCAACCACUAAAGGAAAUGUUUUUCAGACAGGAAAAGGUACACUUAAUUAUGAACUGUGCAGCUUUUAUGGUGGUGACUACCAGUCUUCUCUCUUUGACUGAUGCAGUUAAUCCCUACCACAAUACAGGUAAUUCUAAAGCUCAUUGGAAUCAUAUGGCACUUGUUGAAAUAUAAAUUCCUAAUUUUGCUGCAAUGUCAAAUGCUUUUUUUGUUUGUUACUUCUUAUGAAAAUCAUAUUUCAGACAAAGAUAAAGAGCUGCAAUAUCUUAUGGAACCACCAGUGUAUGCUGGGAUAAAAGCACGCCGAGGAGAGAACGCAACCCUGCCAUGUGUUCUGCAGACUGUACCUUCUCACUACAAAGUUAAGUGGAGCAAAGUUGAACCUCUUCAAACAGGAGUGGAAAAUAUUGUUCUCAUCAGUAAUGGGCAUGAGGUUAAGUACUAUGGCACAUGGCAGUCUAAAGCAAGUCUUCGACGUAUGCAUGCUUUGGACAUCUCUCUCCGCCUCAUCAAGCUGGAACUCCAAGAUUGUGGUCUCUACCAGUGUGAACUGAUCAAUGGCAUCGAUGAAGAAAGUGUCACCAUUACUCUAAGCAUUGAAGGGGUGGUGUUUCCUUAUCAAAGCAGCCAUGGUCGUUACAAAUUUUCCUACUUAGAUGCCAAAAAUGCUUGUGCAAAGCAGGAUGCAACACUGGCAACAUACACACAGCUUUACAUGGAAUGGACAGAAGGUCUGGAGUGGUGUAAUGCUGGAUGGCUAAAUGAUGGGACUGUCAACUACCCCAUUCUGAAUCCACGGCCAGCUUGUGGGAAAGAUCUUCCUCCAGGGAUCCGCAGCUAUGGACCCCGGCACAAGACCAAGGAACGUUACGAUGCCUUCUGCUUCACCUCUACCACUGAGGGUUCAGUGUUCUAUGUCCCAGGGCCACUAAAUUUUUUGGAAGCAGCUCGUGCCUGUAAGGAGAAAGGAGCAAGUCUGGCCCGUGUGGGACAACUCUACUCCUCCUGGAAGUUUCAGGGGUUGGAGCGCUGUGAUGCAGGCUGGCUAGACGAUGGUAGUGUGCGCUUUCCCAUCAUUAUCCCUAAGGAGCGAUGUGGAGGUAUCACACAUCCAGGGGUUCACAGUUUUGGAUUCCCUAAAAAGAGCAUUAGUCUCUAUGGGGCAUAUUGUUACAGGUAAAUAAUUGUUACAGGGAUAAAUGAUUACAAAUACUUAAGGU